GAAAUCAGAUCAAAACCAAACUAAACCAUUUUUAAAAUUUCUGUAGGUAACAUGUAGGUGCAUCAUUAAUUUCUAUCUUCACCUCAAAAUUCUAGUUUAAUUUAAAUUGCCACUCAGAAAAUUACACAUUACUUUUUAAAAGUAGUGUUUUACAUAAAUAAAUUAUUGAAUACAAAUUGAAUUUGCAAGCAGAUACAGCAUCCAGUAAAAAUGAAGAUAACUGUCUGGGUAUUCCCUUUGAGAGUACUAAAUGUUCCUGAAUGUGCCACUCUGUCAGAUAUAACAGGAAUGAUAAUCAAGCAUGGAUUGGCAGAAAAAGUCUAUCCGGACAUAAUCAUGGAUGUAAGAACCAAGACACUCUACUUGUACUGCUUCACUCCUGACGCUGCGUUUGCCCUUAUUGACUUGUGCAAUGGAGAGAAGAUAUGUGGCCAAGAGAUCAUCGUUGAGAGAUGUUACAAACAAAAUCCACCAUCAGCUCUAAUUGGACUCUUCGACCUGAGGAUAAAAGGACUGUAUUGAACAGACAAGUAUCCUUCAUCAUGUAUUUAAAAUAAUUUAAGUGUAUGUGUGAUUCUAAUUUAAAAUGUACCUGAAAAUGUUACCUAACAAACGCUGUGCUAUCUACUUAAAAUUUAUUAAAUUAUAAUUAUGUACCAAUUACAAAACUUAACUUUAUGUAAUCUAUACAAAAUUCUUUAAAAAACACGUUUA